AUGGAGCAGCUGCUGGUACUUAGCGUAUUUACGGGGUGGACGAAUACUGUUGGACUCGACGGGCUUGAGCAACGCCCAUAUGCUGGGAUCGUGUUCACGUCACGCCAGAACAUGUGGAACGUAGCAAUAGCUUCGAAACAUCAAAAGGAAGGGAAUGCGAGGAAGCCUAUUCGCAGCUAUUGCGAGUAUCCGCUGAAGCGUUUUUUUGACACGUUCUUCGACUACCAGCUCGACGUUGCAACGUGCUCAAUUGAUCACACCCAGUACAUCCAAACCGCUCUCAAGAAGCAGUGGCCGCAAGUCCAUGUUGUGUCAUGCGCCAUCCACAUGCUGCGAAACGUUCACAAGCACAAGUCCUUGCUUCGGACCAUGGACAACUACAAGGUCAUUUGCACUCAAAUCCACCUCAUGCGAUCUGCACGGACGUGGAUGCAAUUUCAUACUAUUGCAAGUGUCGUCCUCAUGGACUGGGAAACAUCGCUCGCAGAGGAGGAAUUUGCACAGUGGUUCCAAGAAACCUAUUUGCUGCCCCCUGGGACGUUUGGUUUUUCGUUGCGUCGCUCACUCCUGGAAUUCCUGCACACCAACAGCACAUUGAGAGCCAUCAUAAGCUGCGAGUUGGUCCGCCUCAAGUACAAGUGCGAUUGCCUCGCGUAUCAUGAAUCAGGGUGGCUAUGUGCGCAUACGGUUGCUUGUUGCAACCUCAUCGACGACUUUCGACUUAAAGUUAAGGUUAACCACCUUGCCAACCCGGAAGUCAGUGGGACGUCCAAGGAAAAUCCCCUCCUCAUUGGAAAGCGAGCCGAGGCGUCGUUUCUUCGCUGUUCCUACGUUGGUGCGAAAGAUGGGUCUACAGCCACUGUCAGUUAUCAACUACAAGUGCUGCAAGGACUUUGA